UUCGAUAAUCAUGUCCAAGUGUUUAUUACAUAUAUUUAUUGUGUUUUCAAUAGUUUUGAAAAAUCAAAAAGUUUUAGGUAAUAUUGGUGACAAUGAUUCCGAAGAUUGUAAGAUUGAUGGUAUUGCCAAGAAUGGAUAUUAUUAUAAUCGAAUAAUAAAUGAUACGUUCCGUGGUAAUUUAAAAACUUUUAAAGUGGAAAAUGUGUUAAGUGUUCGAGUUAAAAGUAAUAAAUAUUUAGGAGCAGUAUUAAACAAUGAUAUAACUAAAUUAACAAUAUUUACAAAACGUGCAAUGCGAAUGUAUGAUCGAAAUGAAAUAUCAAAUACAACAACUUUAAUUAUUAACUUCUAUUGUCGAAAUAAUAUGUCGAGAACAGUGGUAUUCAAUCAAAGAAUUCAAGAUAUAAACACAUACAAACCGAGGUUUUCACAAAAGCGAUAUGUAUUUGAUCUACAAAUGCCAUGGCCAAAAUUAAUGGAUUUAACAUUACUUCAAAAUAUUGUUGUAACUGAUUUAGAUUUCUCAAAUCGUCACAUUCAAUUUGACAUAGUUCCAAACAAUUAUUUUACAAUUGAAUUAAAAUCAAAAAAUUUAAUGGAAAAAACUUAUGAGGCUGAUGAGCCAGAUGCCUUUGGCAAUCAACAUAUUAAGGAGCGUGCAACUAUUGUAAUUAUUCCAGUUUUCGAAGAAGAUAUUCGGUAUUUCACUACCGUGAAUUAUUCCAAUCAAAGAACUGAAAGAAUCUAUUAUAACAAUGAUUAUGAUAUUACUUCAAUUACUUCGUCUGGUAUGCGGUAUUAUGAAGGUUAG